AAAUUAUGCAAAGGGAAUCUGCUAGUGGUCUCCAGGCCGAUGUUAUGGAACCAAGUGCGCUAUAAGGAUACGUUUCCACGCUUUCACAGAGAUCUAGAUUUUCCAAAUUUUGACGCGUAUAGAAAAGAUGAGUUUAUCGACGUAACAAAAACAAGCUGGGGACAAGGAGACAAGAAGGGUGGGAUUUCGUACUUUAUUUCGUUUAUUGGUUUAAUCGGUACAAUGUACGGGGCCAAGUCUCACAUAACCCACUAUAUGACGUAUAUGUCAGCAGCAGCAGACGUACGCGCGAUGGCGUCCAUAGAAGUGGAUAUAUCGAAAGUGGCACCAGGGGGAUUUAUGUCACUCAAAUGGAGAGGGAAGCCGCUGUUUAUUAAGAACAGGACACAGGUGGAUAUUGAUAAUGAGUCCAAGACGCCGAUGUCGGCCCUGAAAGAUCCCCAGACUGAAGAACAGAGGACGAUUAAACCUGAAUGGUUGAUCGUCAUAGGUAUUUGCACUCACUUAGGUUGUGUGCCGAUACCCAACUCGGGGGACUGGCCUGGCGGGUUCUACUGCCCGUGCCAUGGCAGCCAUUAUGACAACAUAGGUAGAGCCCGGAAGGGACCAGCGCCGACGAAUUUAGAGGUUCCACCUUACAAAUUUCUUACAGAUACUACUGUGCUUGUAGGUUAA